UUGAACUCCUUACUAGAGGUUAUUUACACUCAUUUACGCUCAUCUGUCACUCGUUCUUUUGUCUCUGGAUAACAACUCCAGAGUCGAAUCUCGAUAUCAAAAUCGCAACAUUCCUUCAUACCGACCACCUACCCUAACAUACCAACCAACCAACCACCCCCUCCUCAUAGGAGCGAUGAACACCCUCGUCUCAGCACCCCAUCUCACACUGGGCGUCCUCCCCCAACCCAGUCCGCCCUCUCCGCCGCGGUCCAAACCUCGCCUCCGACCCCUUUCGCUCCUGCUCGACACCCGGUCUCCUCCCCCCAGUACCUUAAGUGGGAGCACAACGCCGCUCGGUUCCCCCAGUACGGGUGCAGGGAGCGGGAGGAGAAGGGCGAACGUCACGCGGAUGUCGAGUAUCUCUUAUUCCCCCCGCCGCCCGCCUGGAAGCAGCGUCGACAGCGUCCUCUCCCCCCCUGCUGUCCUCUCACCCCCCGCGUCCGCCUCGUCUUCCACCACCGCAGCCCCCUCCAGCUCCGAUACACCCCAGAAGACGCCCAACCCUGCUUCCCUCACCCUAGCGGAGAAACACGCCGACCUACUCACGUUCAUCGCGCAAAAAGAGUCUCGCGUGAUGGAGCUCCGCCGGCAAUUACAGGAUGCCGAAAAAGAGCUUUCGGGCCUGAAGAAGAAGUGGGAGGGGAUCGUUAGCCGCAGUCAGGCGGGUACGGGCACGGCGGGAGGGAAGGAGAAAGGUGUUGGGGAGAAGAGCGUCGAAGUCUUGAAACAUGGGUCGAGGAUUAUAAACGACUUGAUGUUCGAGAGUGUCACUUCCCUCCCUUCGCUUGCUUCCCCCUCCUCUUCCAGCUCAGGGGGCGCACCUAGCACACCAGGGCCCUUCAGUCCCAUUCAGGGGAAAGCGACACAUGUACAGAUGCAGCCACUCAAGCUUAGAGGGGAACAGAGGCAGUCGAUCUCCUCCCUCUCCUCAGCGAGCUCAACGACCGAGGACUCCUCCGCACCCCGCUCGCCUUCUCCUCUCAGCACUCUCUCCUCCGCUACUGCAAAAUCUGUUGAAGGUCCGACUCUGCACGCCUUGACGUCCACGUUGGGAAAAGCGAUCCAGGACCUGAGGUCCUCGGACGCGUACACGAGCUCUUCAAAGCGCGCUAGUCAGCUUUUCUCCUCUGGGUUGGGGCAGCUUAGUGGUCUUGGGUUCGGGUUUGCACCUGCUGGGAUGGAGAACGGGACGGGAACGGGAACGGGAACGGGGACGGGGAAGAACGGACUGGCGGAUUAUGGUGAGCGGCUCACGUCCCCCAGCUCGAGGAAAUCGGGAUCUAUCUCCUCUCUCGCUGCCCCUCCAACCGCAAGCGCUACUGCAUCAGCAUCUGCAACUUCCCCAACUCCCAACUCCCGAUCCCCCACCUCUCCCAACCCCGAUCACCCCCGGUCCCUCUCCGCCCUCACACUAGGUAUAACGACCCAAGUCUCCCGCCCGCCCGCUCUCUCCCCCAUCCCCAGUCCUAGGAGCGCAAGCUCCGUCAAUCUCAACCUCAUGGACGACCCUCUUUCGGAAGCGCUCCUGGGCGUGGGGGAGGAGGUGUUGUUACCCCUGCCUGUGGCUCUUAGUGCAGGCGGGAGUGGGAGUGGGAGUGGGAGGGAGGGAGUGGAGGAGGGGGACGAUGAUGCUUGGGGCUGGUGACCCUCUUCUGUGGAUUGUUCGGAGCUGCAGGGGGAUGUGGGGGUUUGUCAUGCAUGCAUGUGAUGGAAUGUUGGUAUCUUAUUUUAUGUCGAAUGGGCUGGAACCUGGUCAAUAUGUUAUUUUCC